AUGGACUUGGAGCGCGGAUGCGCCGCCGCCAGCAACUCGAUCUGCGGCGGGGGCGGAGGCGGACCCGAGGACGGAUCGAAGCCCUGCGGGGACGGCGCUGGUGAGGCUGGCGCGGGGGAGGAUUGGCGGGAGGGGCGCGGAAGCGCAGGCGCAGGGGGCGCCGUGAGCAGCGGGGCCGGCGGGAGGAAGAGUAGGCGGAGGAGGAGCGGCGCGUUUAGCCGAGCCCGGCGCGGCGUGGUUGCUGCCGCCUCUGCACGGCGAGGCGCGUUUGUUCUCGACUCGGAACAGCCGCAAUUGGAGGCAUGGAAGAAGAAGGAGAAAGAGAAAGAGAAAGGGAAAGGUCGUGAUGAAGAAAAGGAGAAAGAUAAGGAGAAAGAGAAGAACGGUAGUAUGGCGAAGGAGACGACAGCAAAGGAGGGUGGAUCGGGCAGCGAGGAGAAUUCUUCGUUAGAAAAGCGCUUCGGGGACUUGCUGUUCUGGAGAAGCGCGCAACGAGGGGCCACGGAUCGUGUACCUUCCGGGGAGCGCGCGUCGAGCAGAGUCAUCUGGACCGUGCAUGCUCCCCCGCCAGCUGGCGCAGCCACGCCCUCCUCCUUUUCGCCCUCCUCCUCCUCGUCUUCCUACUCGCGUGCGGAACCGCCACAGCGAGGCAGCAGGGGGAGCGUGGAGAGCACCGGGGCCAGCGUGCUGUUCAACGAGUGGAAGGCGCGCUUUGAGGCGCUGCACCGGAGCAUGCGCGCGGAGGUGGGCGCGGAGCGCUUCCCGGACCUCCCCGCGCCGUUCCCCCUGGACGUUUCCGCGCUGCUGCUGCGCGCUCGGCCUGCCCACCGUUCAGCAGAAGCUGCACGGGGGUUAAGGCUGGGCUUGGAGGAGACGCAGCGGACACAAAAGGGGGUGGUGGGCGGGAAGAGCGGCGGCAGCAACAGUGACAGCACCCGGGGAGCAGUCUCGGCUGAGUCUGCAGCUGUGUCGGUCCCUGGAGCAGCAGCAGGAGCAGGAGCAGGAGCACCAGCACCAGGGGCAGGAGGGGCGGUGAUAGGAGGGGUGGUGUUACUGAACGUGCUGGCAGCGCUGUAUGGGACGUGCAGUGUGGCGUCUAAGAUGGCGGAUAGCCAGGCGCAGGACAUGCCCGCAUCUCUCACGGCUUCUGUGCGCUUCAUUGCUGCUGCGGUGGCGUUCGCUCCUGUCCUUGCCUCCACUAAACUGGGGAACAAAGAGGCGAAGCAGAAGGAGGGCCAGGCGGGAGAGGAGGAGAAAGAGGCAGGCGAGGAGGCAUGGUGGAAGGACGGGUUGAUCUGGGGAGGGGCGGAGCUGGCCGGGUGGAGUUUCCUCAGCUCUGUGCUGCUGGCACACGCAAGCUCCGACAGCAGCAGUGCCAGUGCUGUCAUGCUCUACAGCUUCUCCAUCCUCUUCCUGCCGCUGAUGCAUCUCUGCACCGGCCGCUCCCUCCCCCGCUCCGCGCUCCUCGCCGUGCUCGCUGCCCUCGUAGCCAUGGGCGUUCUCAACGAGCAGACCCUCGCAUCCGCCGCCUCUCCCCUCCCCGCCCUCCCCGCCUCCGCCUCUUCCUCCCUCGCUUCCGUCUCCUCCUCGGCAGUCACCGGAGGGCUUAUCCCCUUCCCAUCCCUCCCCUCACUUCACUCGCUCCCCGCGCUCCCCUCCAUCGACCUAGCAACCAUGGGGAGUUCGCUCAUAGCAGGGCUGCAGAUCUUCCGCUCUGAAGCUCUGACUGCCCGCUUUGACCCGCUGCGCCUCUCGGCGGUUCAGGCAGGAUCCCUGGCGCUGCUGGGAGUGGCUUGGGAGGCGGUGCACGUGGCUACAGGAGGGGGCUCGCACGCCCAUGCUCUCGCUUCCACUGAUUCUGCUUCUGCUGUUGCUGCUGCCGCUGCUGCUGUUGGAGGGUUCAGCACGGCAGCAGCAGCGGAGGGAGUGGCAGAGCUUUUGGAGCAGCUGCAGCGGCUACCAUGGCUUCCGCUGAUAUACGGUGGUGCUGUGGGUUCCGGCCUCUGUGCAUGGCUGGAGCUAUGUGGUCUACGCAAGGUCCCUGCGUCUGUUGCCAUGCUGGUCUACACGACUAUUCCCCUCUGGGGAGCGCUUUUUUCUUUCGCUGCCCGUGGCGAGGUGCCCGGGUUUUCGACUGCCGUGGGAGGGGGGAUGAUUGUGCUGCUGGUGAAAGAGUCUCAAGACAAAGAGGACAGUGAGCAGGAAAGGGAGGAGGAGGUUGAGGAGUGGGAGGACGCAGGGGACGAGGAAGUGGAGGAGGAGGGGGAGGAGGGGAGCGUUGAAGAGGAGGGUGGGGAGAAGGGAGCGGAGAAGAGUGAGCAGCUAUCAGCAGCGCUGCUAACAUCGCAGCUCAAGUUCCCGUUCUAUGCAGCCCAAGCGAAACACGUGCUGCUGAAACUCAAGGCCAAGCUUGGAGCCACCAAGACUCUCGCUCUCGCGUUCCCCUCGCUUCCCAACCUCCCUUCCCUGCCCUCCUUCCCCUCUCUCCAUUCCUUCUCCCCGUUCUCCUCCUCUGCCUCCUCCGCCCCUUCUGCCUUGUCUGCUGUUACCUCCUUUCCGUCACUUGCAGCGCUGCCAUCCCCAGGGGCCUCUACUGCUGCUGCUGCUUCUGCUGCUGCUGGAGGUGCCGAUGCCACUGUGUCCGCCAGUUUCACCACUCCUACUCCUCCUCCUCCUGCUGCUGCUGCUACUCCCCCUCCUGCUGCUGCUGCUACUCCCCCUCCUGCUGCUCUGACUCCUCCUACUGCUCCUGCUGCUGGGACCACGGGCUCUCCUCCUCCGCCUCCUCCCCUGCCUGUGGGUGCUCCGUCGUCGGCAACUAUCGCUGCAGCGGACGGAUUAACUCCCACCAUUCCCACCACUCCUGCUGCUCCCGCUGCUCCUGUCACUUCGGUCUCUACUCCCACCACUCCCCCUGCUCUCACCACUCCCCCGGUGCUCAUGCCUGGGUCGAUGCAAGCAGGAGAAGGGGCGGGGGCGAGUGCAGGGAUGCAGAGCGGUGUGACAGCAGCAGCAUCACCAGCCACCACUACCACCACCACCGCCGCUGCUGCCGCCACCAGCACCCCUGCUGCCGCUGCCACUGCUACCCCUGCCGCUACCUCUGCACCGGCUGAUACCACAGCGCAUUCCCUGCUCUCUUCCCCCGUGGACCCACUCUCACACACGGCCAGUUCUUGA